GCUGUCGGCUUUGCAGCUAGCGAUGCAGUGUGGUGCUCGCUGCUUGCGCAGGUGGUCAGUUGCAAUGUGGAGGGUGCUGCAACGCUUCAGCUGUGUGUGAUAGCGACCACAGGCCGAGCGAGCAGAGGACACGCGUAAGCAGCAUAAUCAGCUAGCGGUAAGUCACUUAGAACACGCUUUUGCUGGCCACGCACGGCCUCCCUGCUGCAUACACCGUGCCAUUGCUCACGCGCAUCAAAGCCUGUCUCAAGCGUAGAGUCGGCUGCGGUUGCAACUCUUCGCAUAUACAGAGUAAUCUCGUGCUCUCACAACUUUCAGAGAGCAGACGCCUGCUAGAGCGCCGUACGCCAUCGACGCGUCGCUGCAGGAUCUCUCACAAGCACAAACAUGGGCGCGGCACAAUCUGGUCCCAUGUCGGGACAGCUGCGAGUCGCGAUAGCGGCCGGCUACGCGGUCCUGCUCGCCGUGAACGGUAUUUUCGGCAGCGGCGCCUUCGGCGUGCCGACGAACGCGGAAGUGAGCGACGCCUACCCGACGAACGUGACGCCAGCGGGCCUGACAUUCGCGGUGUGGGGCCCCAUCUUCCUCCUGCAGGGCGCCGGCACGGUACUCAUGGCCGCCGGGAAAGCUCCAACGCUCGGCGCCAAAGUAGCCCCGCUCUGGCUCACGACGUGGGCCUUCGAGUGUGCCUGGCAGCUGGUCUUUGCAAACGCGCCGCUGGAAGACGGCAAGGCCUCCGGCACCACGUCACAAAAAUUGGCGAUCUUCGUGCCGAGCUUUUUUUUACUGGCGGGCGGCUUCGCUUCUAUGAUCAGAGCUGGCACGUUAAUCAAGGGCGGCACGGCCGCAGAAUCAUUGCUCGUCGCGCUACCCACCGGCAUCAACGCGGCCUGGCUCGCGGCGGCUACCGGAAUUGGAUUCACACUCGUCGCGCAGAAUACAGCGGCGACGCUGGCGUCGCCGGAGGCGGGAGCGGUGUUGCUCGGCGGCGUCGUGGCGGGCGCGUGCUACGCCGUCCCCAUGUUCCUCGGGCGGUCCGCAGCGCUCGGUUUGGGCUACGGCGCGGCGACGUGCUGGGCGUGCUUCGGCAUGACCAAGGGCGAUUCGCCCCAGGUCGUCAAGGACGUGGCCACCUAUGGCGGCUACCUCGUCGCCGUCGUGUCGGCCGCGGCGCUCAUGCGGCCGCGCCCCCCUCCGCCGGCGGACGGCCUCCUCUCCUCGGAGGCGCCCAAGCGCGGUGGGUCCGUCUAGAGGCGCGUCGCGUGAUCAUCAAGUAAAGUUUGUUUGCAAGUAUCCGUGGAGUCAUAUGCGGCGGCGUGACGGCGUCCUCCGAGUCGGCGACACGCACCCCCGGGAACGCCACCGACGCGAACACGCACAAAAA